AUGUCGUGGUUAUUCGGUGGCAAAUCCCAGGAAGAGAAAAAUCAAGAAUCUCUCAAACAGUCUUUGGGCUUUGACCCAGCUCAAGUGUCCGAUGUUUCCUCUAUUUUGCAGGCGCCUGGUGUCUUAGACUCCACCAAGUUGCAUCCGCUAGCUGGUUUGGAGAAAGGUGUGGAAUACUUGGAUUUGGAAGAAGAAAGAUUAUCGGACAUGGAAGGUGCCCAUGGCUUGUUGGCUUCCAGAUCUUGGACCGAUGACUUGUGUUACGGAACCGGUACUGUCUACUUGCUUGGCUUGGGUCUUGGUGGUGCCUACGGUAUGCAAGAAGGUCUCAACAACUUACCUGCUAACGCUACUCCGAAAUUAAAGUUGAACACUGUUUUGAACCACAUUACUAAAAGAGGUCCUUUCAUGGGUAACUCCGCGGGUGUCCUUGCGUUGAUGUACAAUUUGAUUGACUCAUCUAUCGACCACUUGAGAGGUAAGCACGAUGACUAUAACUCUCUCGCUUCGGGUGCCUUGACCGGUGCUUUGUUCAGAAGCUCGGCUGGUGUUAGGCCAAUGGCUUACUCGACCGCUAUCAUGACUGCUGCUGCUGGUGCCUGGUGUGGCUUGAAGCGUUUUCUUUCUUAA